CCAGGGAAUAGAGGGGGAGCAGAAAGAGGAGGAGAGGAGGGAUAAGGGUGACGUAAGCAGUGAGUAUGAGAACUGAUUAUCAUUGCGGACAAGCGGAGAUCGUUCUGUGCUUUUUAUCACUCUCCCUCUCACACACACACUCCCCCUUUUCUAUUGGAGUGUCUAUCCUCUAGCACUGACUGCUUCUAAACAAACACACACUUACACACACAAACACAGCCACACACGCAUACUCUUACACACACAGCAGACGGGGGGGUCUAACACACACACACUCACAAACACACACACUCACAUACACACCAUCUGAUGACAAACCUACGCUCUCCUCCAGUACAUUCAGCGGGGACAUGAUGUGAGUGAGUGUGUGUAUUUUGUAUGUGAGCGUGUGAGAAAGAGCAAGAUGCCUGUGUGUGAGAGUGUGUAAGCGUCAUCUGUAAACAUCUGUCUGGAAGACUACUCCCUGCUCCCGGCAGUCUGCCUUGGCUAUCCAGCAGAGAGUGGACUGUGGGCUGAUAGUUUGGGGAUGUGAGGAAGAAGAGGACUCAUCACAAUGACCAACCAAGACAAGUGGGUCACUCUGACCCCAGCUGAAUUCUCCCUUCUGCAGGAGUACGCUCAAUACUCAACCAAGAAGCUGAAAGAUGUGCUGCAGGAGUUUCAUGGAGAUGGAGUGUUGGCGAAAUAUAACCCAGAGGAGAGGAAAGACAUACUCAAUCAGGAGAUUGACUUUGAAGGAUUCAAGGUCUUCAUGCAUACGUUUCUGGAGAGCGAGUUGGCAGAGGAGUUCUGUCAACACCUCUUCUUAUCAUUCAGUAACAAGGGACCAAAACCCAGCCCCUCUUCCAUAGACAAGCCCAGAGUUACUGGCCUCAAGCUGAUCAAAGGGAACUCGACCCCUCUGAAGGUGCCCCCUCUACCCAGGACUCUGCCCAGACCUCUAGGCAUGGUUCAACUGAAGGACAUCGUCUGCUACCUCUCACUGCUGGAGGGUGGCCGACCCGAGGACAAACUGGAGUUUAUGUUUCGUCUCUAUGAUACAGAUGGGAAUGGGUCUCUGGAUAGUUCGGAACUGGAGCACAUCGUCUCUCAAAUGAUGCAUGUUGCUGAGUACUUGGAAUGGGACGUGACAGAAUUGAAGCCGAUUCUGCAGGAGAUGAUGCAGGAGAUCGACUAUGACCAUGACGGUACUGUGUCUCUAGAGGAGUGGAUCCAGGGAGGCAGCACGACCAUCCCCCUGCUGGUACUACUGGGACUAGAGACGAAUGUGAAAGACGAUGGGCAGCACGUGUGGAGACUGAAGCACUUCAACAAGCCGGCCUACUGUAACCUGUGUCUGAACAUGCUUAUAGGCCUGGGCAAGCAAGGGCUGUGCUGCUCAUUCUGCAAGUACACUGUCCAUGAGCGCUGUGUGGCCCGUGCUCCUCCGUCGUGCAUCAAAACAUACGUGAAGAGCAAGAAAAACACAGAGGUGAUGCACCAUUUCUGGGUGGAGGGAAACUGCCCGACCAAGUGUGACAAGUGUCACAAAACCAUUAAGUGUUACCAGGGUUUGACUGGGCUUCACUGUGUGUGGUGCCAAGUCACGCUUCAUAAUAAGUGUGCCUCCCAUGUGAAACCUGAGUGUGACUGUGGACCACUGAAGGACCAUAUCCUGCCUCCCAACACAAUCUGUCCUGUCGUACUGGAAAGACAGUCUACGGUGAGGAAAGAUUCCAGAUCCAGCCAAUCAGGAGGCAGAGGGAAGAUGCAGAGAGCCAACUCAGUCACAGUGGAUGGCCAAGGACUACAGAUCACAACAAUAGAGGGAACGCAUCCUCUACUAGUGUUUGUGAAUCCAAAGAGUGGAGGGAAGCAGGGAGACAGGAUCUACAGAAAAUUCCAGUACCUCUUAAACCCUCGGCAGGUAUACAACCUGGCCAAGAACGGACCCAUGCCUGGGUUGAAUUUCUUCCGAGAGGUUCCAGAUUUCAGAGUGUUAGCUUGUGGUGGGGAUGGGACAGUCGGUUGGAUUCUGGAUUUCAUAGAUAAGGCCAACCUGGACAGGAACCCCCCUGUGUGUGUACUUCCCCUUGGAACAGGAAAUGACCUGGCAAGGUGUCUGCGAUGGGGAGGAGGUUAUGAGGGAGAGAGCAUUCUGAACAUCCUGAGGGGCAUAGAGAACAGCUCUGAGGUGAUGUUGGACCGCUGGAAGAUUAGCGUCACACCCACGGACAAAGAAGAGAGGGGAGACCCUGUGCCUUACAGCAUCGUCAACAACUAUUUCUCUAUUGGGGUGGAUGCUUCCAUUGCACAUCGGUUCCACAUGAUGAGGGAGAGACACCCUGAACGCUUUAACAGCAGAACAAAGAAUAAGCUGUGGUACUUUGAGUUUGGCACUUCUGAGACCUUCUCGGCCACAUGCAAGAAGCUCCACGACUUUCUGGAGGUUGAGUGCGACGGCAUCACUCUGGACCUAGACAGCAUCUCUUUGGAAGGCAUCGCAAUUUUAAACAUUCCCAGCAUGCAUGGCGGCUCCAACCUGUGGGGUGAGAGCAGGAAAAGGCGGAGCAACCGCCGGGGAGGGAAGAAGACCCAGGAUAAGAGGACAACAGUGCUGGACCCCAAAGAGCUUCAAUUUGCUGUCCAAGGUAGCUAUCGUAAUGAUGGAUACUGGUGAAUUUGAAAUGUAUUUAUUGCAAUUCCAACUUUGAGGAAACAUUGUUCACAUUGCCACAUUUAUUUUACAUGGGGUAUUUUACAUAGGUCCUUUAAGGUCUUUUAAAAUGUCAAAGGCUUGCUCAUAUUCAGGUAUGCCUCUUACAGAUCAGUACUACAACCAAACAUACACAGGAUAACACCAGGCUUGAAAUGCUACAACUCAAUGGCUGAUUGGCUGCCAUAUUGUGUAUAGAUUUUUUAGCAUAGAAGACCCUUUCUCCUAAUAACCUGUGACACUAAGAGGCAAGACCUUGUCCAAGCUCACAUUAGACAGAUCAGAGACAAACUUUGGGACAAAGUUUUCCCUGGCACUGGUAUGAAUAUUUCACCAAUGACAAGUUGAAUCACAGUGCUUAGAUUUGGUUUGGGAUGAAGGGGUGCGGUUUAAUGUCACUGUUUCGCACUGUCACUUGACUGGUAAUGGCUUGUGUAGGCGGAAGUGGACAACCUGGCCUAAUAGGAGCAGACUUAGGGAGCUCAGUGUGAAUUCUGCCUCCUUUAUGGGCACUGAACACAUAAAUAUGUCAGAUGGGAGCUCAUCAAUGAGAAUCUAUGAAUUAACACAUAUUAUUGUUUAGGAGGAGUUAAGGUCAGCCGGUAAACUGGUAAAUUGUCUUCUCAUGUCUAGUUUGUGGACGAUCACCUCAGUCACUGGUUAAGUUACUGUAAACACACAUUUAUCACCUUCAUUGGCAAUACUAUGUAGAGGGUUGUCCUCACACAGAGCAGCAUAAUGUAGGGAAGUGCAAUUCACAGCUGACUAGGGCUACUCCUUACACCUUGA